CACUUUGGGUAAUCCAAGUUCUCCGAAUUGUCAAUCCACCCGCCUUGUCUUAAACUUGGGAAGCCCACCGCGGUGACAGUUAUGACAGCAGUUCAAAGCUUCCCGCCAAGCGUAGCGUGCUUCGGGAUUUACGAGGCCGGCCGUAAAAACGCUCAGUAAAAAUCGGCGGUGAUAUGUGUUAGUCACGAACGCAAAUGUUGCAUUUUCCUGCCGGUUUGACGGCGAAAUUCGCACGGAAAUUAUUAAAUUUAGUAAAAAUCCCAGCGCGCAACUCGUCCGGACUCGACCAUUUUUCCUAUCGGCCAGUGGCGGUGCCCCAGUAAUAGAAAGUGAUGUGGUCGUGUUGGUGUUUUUUUUCGUCGCACCGAUGAUGAUUUAUUGCCGUUUUCACGCUUUAUUUUUACUUUUAGUCGGUUGCGACAAUGCGAAAAUGUAAAAACCUGCCCUGCACAGUGCAAUAAGUGAAAACGCGGCGUCCAACACACUUUUGUUUACGUGAAAUGGAAAGUGAUAUUUGCCUUCUCUAUCACAAUAUGAUCUCAUCACCUAAAAGUUAAUAAUAAUUUCUAGUGUGUGUUAUCGGUUUUGUGCGAUUUGCGAAACGACUGGUGGUUUUUAAUAUGAAGAAGCAAUUUUUCCGGGUCAAACAACUCGCCGACCAGACUUUCCUCAGGGCCGACAAAAGCGAAGUCUUGAACAAUGAAGAACUUCAAGUGGCUGAUCAGAAAAUCGAAUACCUACGGACGGCCCUGACCGCCAUAGUCAAACACAUACCGCAUUCGGGGCAGAAUAACGACAUCGACAAGAGAGUCAGAAAAUGCACCGAGCACCACCUCGGAACCGUGUUCCAGGAGCUCACCGCCCGCAAGAACGAGGCGGGCGACCCCCAGGAGUACCUCAACGAGCUCUUCAGCCCCAUAAUCGGAAAGUGCGGCUUCGUGCAGCUGGAUUUAGCAAAAGUUUACGCAGAAUACGAGAAGCAAGUAGAAGAAUUAGUUAGUGCCCCCAUACAUUCGUUGCUUGAUGGGGAAUUCCGAAAUAUUUUAAAACAAAAGCGCAAUCUUUCUAAAUAUAUUCUAGAUAAGGAUUCGGCAAGCAAUAGGUAUAAUGCCACUAAAAAAGAAGCUUUAAGGGAUGACAUGGAAGAGGCUGAUUAUAAAGUAGAACAAAGUAGGGACGCUUUAGCUUAUGAAAUGUUUAGUUUGCUGGCGAAGGAGAACGACUUGUCGGGGUACAUGCUGCAGAUUUUGAAGUGUCAGAGGGCGUAUCAUGAAAGUGCCUUAAAUAAUUUGAAGGAUGUGAUUCCUCAGCUCGAGAAGCAGAUCGGUGAUAGUUCAGUUAAACGCGUAUACGGCAUUCCACUCCACGAGCACCUGCGAGUGACGGGCAGAAGAAUCGCCGCCCCACUCGACAUCUGCAUAACCCUCCUCCACCGCCACGGCCUAGAAGAAGAAGGCCUCUUCCGCAUAGUGGGUAGUACCUCGCGUGUCAAAAGACUCAAAUCCUCCAUAGAUGCCGGCUGUUUCUCCACCAAACUAAUCCCUGAAUACACAGACGUUCACGUUUUGGCCAGCGCCCUCAAACUCUAUCUCCGCGAACUACCCGACCCUCUCCUUACUUCCAACCUCUACCACAACUGGAUGCACUCGAUGCAAAAACCCGAAUCCGAAAGACUGGACAUCGUCAAAGGUUUGAUCGCCAAACUACCCGUCGAGAACCGGGAGAAUCUAGCCCUACUGAUUCAGUUCCUCAGCGAACUGUCGCGGCAUCCCCAAAACAAGAUGAACCCUAGCAACAUAGCCAUAGUGAUGGCGCCGAAUCUGCUGUGGGACGGCGGCGAAGUGAUGAACAUGGGCAAUUGCGCCGCCACGAACAUGCUGGUGGAGCUGUUCAUCAAAGAAGUCCAGACCUUAUUCCCCGAAGACGUCGCAAAACUAGUGAGCUUCCCGUGGAUGGACGACGACGGCUUCAUCAAAACGACGGUGGAAUUCAACGUGAGUUCCGAGAACGUGAGCGUCGCCGAAAGUCCCAAGCCCAGUUCGAGAAAAAAGAAAACCCCAGCUCCGGGUCCCCCCAACAGCAUGGUCAGCAAAACCGACCAGGACUACAUCCCCAACGACAAGAACGUCAUGUCGGCGUCGUACCCGUCGGGCAGUUCCACCCUCAACCGCCCCCCGAAACCCAAAGAACCCGUCGUAAAGUGCAACAAGACCUCCGUCGGAGUGAACACCGACGACAGGAGGAUGAGCUUGCACCAGGAGGACACGCACAAGAACGACGUCAGCAAAACGGCGCCUCUAGUCAGUUUAGAUAGUAGUAAGACUGUCGCUCAUAAGGUCAUCACCGAACCGGCGACGCCAGUCCAAGUUUCUAAAGCCAAACCUGUACAGCCAGUGAUCGCACAAAACGCUUGUGAUAAUAAAAAUUUUAAGACGACGAUAACGCACCCUGUGACCGACGGCGGCGUGACGCCGGUCCAGAAGCCGGUGGCGGCGCCGAGGUCCAUCGACGGAGUGACGAGGAGCUCGUCGAUCAAGAUCGAGCUGAGGCAGGAGGUGCCCGAAGUGCAGCUGAGAAAGCCGGAAAUCACGGCAGCGAAACCUGAGGUCCCCGCCCGGCCGGCCUCCCUGCAAAAGCGGCCCAGCAUGGACCUCGACCCGACCCUGCACCGAACGCAGUGUUCCGUCUACAGCGUGGCCAACAAGCAGCAGCCGAGCUACGUGAACGUCCAGAACCGCAACGAGAAGUUCCAGCCGGGCCACGACAAUCAGAUAGCGGAGAAGGAGAAGUUCCUCCACCACCAGCCGAUCAAGUUUGGCGACAUCAACUCCAACAGCCGGUCCGGCCUGCCGCCGAAGGCGGUCAAGGCGGAGAAGUCCGACGCGAGCAAGUCCAACGAGGACCUGGGGGACCUCGGGGAGAAGCUGAACGGCAACCAGAAAACUAGUCAUGUGCGGACGAAGUCGGACGGGAACUUGACGGAGUUGAGUGACAGUUUGAUGCAGACGCCGCCGUCGCCGCGCAGCCUCAACAAGCCAACGCAGCCGCCGCCGCCGCCCCCGGUCAACGUGAUCCGGAAGGAGCCGGACAGCACCGACUUGUAGCGAAGGCGCGGUUUAGUUGAGCAAAAGGUGAUCUUUCGAGUUACUCCCGCUAGUAAAUAUAAAUGAACAAAUAGUUGCUAUCCGACUGAAGUUAAAAUUUUAAAUUUUAAUGUUAAUGUUGAAGUUUGAAACGGAUUUUAUUUAUUCCGAGGAGUCUUACUGGUUGAUAAUAAGCACACAAGAUGCAAUUUAUAUAUUUUUUAUGUUUGCUUUAACAAAACUGACUUGCAGUAUAAUUUCUAGAUGUUAGGAAUUUUGAUAUCUUUCAUUUUAUCAAAAAGGAACUGUACAAGGCGCAGUCAAAUAAAACUUCAAUUUAUUUAAAUGAA